AUGGCGCCUCGGAAAGCUCUCUUCGUCAUUGACAUCCAGAAAGAGCUGGCCGUCGAUCCCACAACCCGAGUCCCGCAUGCGGACCGAGUCAUCGCGUCCGCCGAGGGAACCCUCAACGCCGUCCGCUCGGUCAUCGAUUCCUACCGCGAGAAGAACCAACCAUCCCCAUGGGCGAUCUACUUCAUUCAGCACGAGGAGACCUCUGCGAGUGGGACACUGCUGAGAGGCAGCGAGCCCUGGGAACUGGUGUUCACCCCGCGGGUAGAUGUGGAGGAGGAAACCGUGGUCGCGAAGAAGACUGGCAACACGUUCGAGUCGAAUCCGACCCUCUCAACGCACCUCCGCAAUGCCGACAUCAACGAGAUAGUGGCCGUGGGUCUGCAAAGUGAAAAGUGCGUCGAAGCGACCUGCAAGGGGGCGUUGGCGGCGGGGUUCCGCGUGACUCUCCUUGCUGGUGCGCACUCAACGUACGACUCGGAUGGGAAGACUGCGACAGAGCUCGAGCGCGAGGUGGAGCGGCGUCUGUCGACUCGUGGGGCUCGUGUCUUGCGAUGGGAAGAGGCGGCUUCGCAGUGGGUUCAGGAGCAGCAUAAAUAG